AUGGAAUCACAAACAAGGCAGGUGGGAACGAUGGAAACCAGAAGAAGUUGCCCUCAAGACUUUAAGAAACUCUCAAAAGAUCUCGACUGGCUUUUUAUACAAAAUGCAUUGCAUAAGUGUUCCGGUUCAUAUAUUACUCCCAUAUAUGGAAUAUCUCGAAAUACAGAUACAGGAGAAUAUGUCAUAGUACUUCACUACAUAGAUGAUGGUGAUUUACGAGAGCAUAUUCAUAGGAACCCUAAUGAUAGUUGGGAAAAUCGUCUAUAUGUUCUAACAAACUUUGCUAUUGCUAUCCAGCAGUUGCACGCAAACAGACUGGUUUACGGUGAUUUUCAUAGUGGAAAUUUAUUAUGUGCACAUGACCAUACUUUGGUUUUUAAUAUCUGUAGAGGUGUCCAUCCUGGAAGUCCUGGGAUUCAAGAUAUCAUUCCCAAAUGUUAUUCUGAGUUGAUGAUAAAGUGCUGGGAUGCUAAUCUAUCUAAUAGACCCGAUUCGUUAGAACUGCGUGAAACAAUUCGCAAUUGGUGGGACCAAGUUUCAAAGAGACCACAAUCUAAAAUUGCAACCUUGUUCUCAGACGCUGACAAUAAACAUCAAAGCAUUCAACUUGGUUUCUCUGUCUGA